UGUUGGGUUGAGCCUGUUUCUGCUCAAAAUAUGGCAAGCAUAGAUUUGCUCAUGGCCAGGUUUUUAUUAUAUGACAAAAUGUACCUUCAUGACAUGCGAGAACAAAGCUUUGCAGACUGGCCAUUUAAAGAGGAAUGUAACUGCACACCUGCAAAGAUGGCCAUGGCCGGGUUUGUCCACUGUCCCAGUGAGAAUGAACCGGAUGUUGCUUGUUGUUUCUUCUGCCUUAUCGAGCUGGAGGGCUGGGAGCCCGAUGAUGAUCCCUGCAGGUCUGAGCACGUGAAACGCUCCCCAGAGUGUGGAUUUUUAUUACUGAGGAGAAAAUUCAUGGAGCUCACUGCGCGUGAAUUUGUUCUCCUGGAAAAAGAGAGGGCAAAGAUCUUCCUGUUCUGUCUCUAACCACAAGAUGGUAGUUUAGAGCUUGGAAGCCGCAGUCUUCCCAUGUCCCACAUUAUGUCACAGACUGCCUCAAUCUCUCCAAACAUUCACAAAUGUCCUCUGAUCUGAAAGCCCACAUUAAGCAGGAUUACAAUGUGGGCUAUAUUCCCUCUUUUCAUAUGAGAAUACUUGCCAUUUUCCUGAACGUGUCACCAUCUCGGCCACAUCUUUUCAAACCUUGACCCUGGACAGAUGGCCUGAAGCCCCUCCUUUUCAAUACCAACUGUUGCCCCAGUAACAUCUGUUACAUAUAGGGGGACGGUGUGCUGAGAGGGCUUGCCAGGACACUUGUCCAACACCGAGCGGAUGGAUGGGCUGCAAGAAGCAUUGCAGGAUUGUUCUGAUCAUUUGAAACUGCAGGAAAAUAGUAAUGCAACUAAUAUCCAAGAAAGUACCCUACA